GUACGCAAGCUAAUAUUAUGUACGACCCACAGCAAAGUCCGCUAAUAUCAUUGUUAACUUAAGUAGGUUUUUAUAUGCGUGUUGUGGUGUGUAACUCUAAUGAACCUGUAUGUUUCAUUGCAUUUCCUAUCCUCGGAGUUAUCCGACCCUGUCUCGUCUUGAAUUUGCAGUGACACGUAGCUAGUCGGUAACGCAACGGAAAAUGAAUGAGGUGGUUUUAUUCGGCUAACAUUAACAAUCUAACAUUUGAUGUUAACUUGCAGUUUUCGCUGUCAUUUUUACAGUACUAGGUCAAAUGUGUGUUCAGCUACAAGCUACUUGCUCUAACUGGCUAGUGUUUUACUAGCUACCAGAAGAGGAACAGCUGUGUUUGUAAAUAUCUAGCAGGGGGCGGGCGUAUACUCGGUCGACCUAUAUGUAGCUAACGUUACUGUUGCGGUCUCUCACAUUCGCUCAGCCGAGGACUGCUACUACACAGUAACGAAAGAUUACUUUGACAAUUUGUUUAUAACGGCAUUUGCCUAAACUUAAACCCACUGGAGAGUUAAUGUGAUCGUUAUUUUUCCCCGGAAACGAGAAAGAAAGAAUUGUAAUGACCUCAAGCUACCUAAAACUCAAGCUAACUUAACGGUCAGCCAUAUAAAAGCACUCUUAACUGAACUCUUAAUAGACAAGUCUCAACAUAUUCCAUGGCCUCAGUUGUUGUUUCAGCUGAUGCCCAACAUGUAACCAGCUCCACUCUCCUGUAGUGAUCCUAACUGCUGAAGAGGGAAAUAUAGAGUACAAGCUGAAGCUGGUGAACCCCACACAAUACCGCUUUGAGCACCUGGCAACACAAAUGAAAUGGCGACUGCAGGAGGGUCGUGGCGAAGCUGUCUAUCAAAUAGGCGUUGAGGAUAAUGGCAUGCUGGUGGGACUAUCAGAGGAAGACAUGAGGGCAUCACUGAAGACGCUCCAUAGGCUAGCAGAGAAAGUUGGUGCUGACAUCGCCGUUCUCCGAGAGCGAGAGGUGGACUAUGACUCUGAUGAGCCUCGUAAGAUUGCUGAAGUUCUCAUUCGCAAGGUGCCAGAUGACCAGCAGUUUUUGGACCUGCGAGUAGCCGUACUGGGUAAUGUGGACUCCGGCAAGUCCACUCUGUUGGGUGUUUUGACACAGGGUGAGCUGGACAAUGGACGGGGAAGAGCAAGGCUCAACCUUUUCAGACAUCUUCAUGAGAUCCAGACUGGACGUACUUCAAGCAUCAGCUUUGAGAUCCUUGGCUUCAACAGUAAAGGAGAGGUUGUGAAUUACAGUGAGUCUCGGACAGCAGAGGAGAUUUGUGAGAGUGCCUCUAAAAUGAUCACAUUCAUUGAUCUGGCGGGUCACCACAAGUACCUGAAGACCACCAUUUUUGGCCUCACCAGCUACUGUCCAGAUUUCGCUAUGCUGGUCGUCAGCGCAAAUACAGGCAUUGCUGGAACAACACGGGAGCAUCUUGGGCUCGCCAUGGCCCUGAAGGUGCCCAUCUUCAUCGUCAUCAGUAAGGUGGACCUGUGUACGCGGGCCACUGUGGAGCGCACAGUUCGGCAGUUGGAGCGUGUCUUGAAACAGCCGGGCUGCAACAAGGUGCCCCUGGUUGUAGGCAGUACAGACGACGCCGUCACGGCAGCACAACAGUUCGCACAGUCACCCAACAUCACACCCAUCUUCACUUUGUCCAGCGUGUCCGGAGAGAGUCUAGACUUGCUUAAGGUCUUCUUCAACAUCAUCCCUCCUCUCAGCAACAGCAAGGAGCAGGAGGAGCUUAUGCAACAGCUAACUGAGUUUCAGGUGGAUGAGAUCUACACAGUGCCAGAGGUGGGGACUGUGGUAGGAGGUACUCUGUACAGUGGUAUUUGCCGUGAGGGAGAUCAUCUUGUAGUAGGGCCCACGGAUUCUGGCCAGUUCCACAAGUUGACCAUCGGGAGCAUCCAAAGGAACCGCUCGGCAUGCAGGGUACUCAGAGCUGGCCAGGCUGCCACACUCGCCCUUGGCAACUUCGACCGGUCACUACUACGCAAGGGCAUGGUGAUGGUGAGUCCGGAGAUGGAUCCUACAAUCUGCUGGAUGUUCGAGGCUGAAAUUGUGCUGCUCUUCCAUGCCAAGACCUUCCACAAGGGUUUCCAGGUUACUGUACACAUUGGCAACGUGAGACAGACUGCCACUGUGGAAGCUGUGUAUGGCAAGGAGGAGCUGAGGACGGGGGAGAAAGCAGUUGUUCUCUUCAAGUUCAUCAAGCACCCAGAAUAUCUGAAGGUGGGAGCUAAGGUGCUCUUCAGAGAGGGCGUGACCAAAGGUAUUGGCCACGUCACCAAGUUGCAGCCUAUUGCCCAGUACCGGCCAUCCCAAAGCGAGGAUGAGGAAGCCUAAAGUUUUUUCGACAACCGCAACAGAAAACACCGUCCCAUUCCAAAACAAGGUGCUGUACAACCCCCCUCCUGCUUUCUCCAAAAGGCCACUCUGCCCAGUUCCUUUUCCUGAAAUCCUUUUCACAGGAUAUCGUUGUUUUAUCACCCUUUUCCAAAGCCUUGUUGUCAGCAUCUUUCUCAUUUGACCUCUUCAGCCUUUUAAAUAACUGCUGAUAUUUUAGUCUGGUCCCUGGUGAGGUUUAAAGAGCAUUGCUCCUCAUGGCACUGAUAAGAGGAAACUCUUUUAUAACACAUUCACAGCAACAUCUACCAAAGUGAUAUUGAGUGUCAAGAACAUAUAAUUGCAAUGCACAAAAUAAGAAGUUGCAACCAGGAAAUUGAUUUCUCACAACUACGUUGAAGUGCUGCCUAAACAGUUUACACCUAAAUGCACUAUGUUACACACACUUUAAAUAAGAUGCACAAACACCUUCACUGUAACAUAAAUGCCAAUGCUGAUAUACCUUUAGCAGAUAAUCGUUUACAAACUCAACAGUUGCAAGUAUGAGAUGCUUGGACAUUAAGGUGUAAACUGUAACAUCCGUGUCAUUGUUGUCACCGCCCCACAGCAGCUUGUCUGUGAUACCAGCAUAGUGCCUGACUGAGAAGGACAAGCCUCUGAUCUCACUGCAUUUGAAUACAAACUUUUCAUAGUAACUACCAAUGAAUUAUGUGAGAUAAUUGUAAAAGCAAUGAGAUGCAUUUGUGGUUCUCAGACACGUCUUCUCAGUCAUAUAUAAGCUUAGCCACCUUCUUCAAGCUAUAUUGCUAACAAGGGCACUUUAUGAAGGUAAGGGAGCGCAUUGCGAGAUAUGCAGAGUUAGAACUUGACCCAGUUUGUAUGUCAGCCUGCCAAGCUAACACACAUUGGCAAUCACUUUAUAACUGUCACAUUUGUCCGUGAGAAUUAUGUUUUUUAUUCACAAAUAAUGCCUCACGAUAGUGCAGUGAGAUGGGAAUGAUCUUGCUGCCUGUCCUUCAAGUGCUUUAGUUACUCAGGUCAGUGUCAAUUACGUAUUAGACAGCAUUCCACUCUCACAGAAGUACUCCAGCGAAUGUUUCUGUUGCUGACUUUGGGGGGGGGGGGUUCUUCCAAAGAGAUGUAGUUGUUUGAUUAUGCAUUAAAUAUAUAUGAAGCUGCAUACUGAUGUAGCUUUGUUUAAAAGCAAUUACGUUUGAGGCACUUGAUGUCUUCACUUAAGUUACUGAUGUCACUAACUUUUAAGGGGUUUAACACAGUGCCUAAUGGGGCUACCGUGUGAGUAGCCUUCCAUGACACCCCAAAGUUUUACAACUUAGUAAAAAAAAAAAAAAAACAUCUACUUAAGUUGGUGCUACUCCUAGAAACAGUUUUUGAUAUCUAGAAAACAACUUUGAAAAUGAAUGUUAAUUGUUAAUCUGUUUGAGGCUGUUGUUGGCCUUACCAUGUCUUAUCAUUGCAUGUUGAUGUGAUUUAUACCUACAUUGUUGUCCCGCUUACAUCAAUGAUACAGGACAACUGAUAUGUGUGCCCUGUUUUGUUACACCUGUUGUUGUUAAGCACCGUUUGUGUGCCCUCAAAGAGAGGAAAACUUAUUAAGCAUUUCAACCAAAAUAUUUUAUAGCCUUUAUCAAGAGUUAUAUCAGGUGUUACAGUUUGUUUUAAUGCAUCUCAGAAGUAUUUUAUAGAUUUCUAGUAGUUCUUGAUUUUAAAAUACAUUGAAACACCUUUUACACUGUUGCGGUCGUCUUAAUCACACCAACAGAUUCACUUUUUUGAAAUCACAUUAAAGGCCUGUUUUCCUUUUAACUGAAAGUGUAAUAUUUUGAUCAUUAUUUGGUUGAAAUGCAAUAUUUAUGUACAGAUCCAAUUUGUGUAACAUUAUUUACAUGAAUAAAACUUUU